AUUAUAAAAUUAAUUCAUUAAACAUCGAGUUUAUUAUGACUUUACUGUUGGGGUCAGUGUUGGCACCGAUUUGCCAGACAUACGAGUGGUGUCUCAUUGGACUCAUUGGACUCAUUGUGGCGGUGAUCGCCUAUUACUACAUUUCGUGGAGGAAUGCCUUCAGCUAUUGGAAGGAUCGACACAUUUGUGGUCCAAAACCCAUCCCUAUAUUCGGAACCUUCUUGAGUACUGUCCUAAAAGUGCGACCAUUUGUGGAGAUGGAGUGGUAUCAGAAAUACGGCCGACUUUAUGGUUUUGAUUCGAUAAGUGUUAGAGAUUAA